AUGUCGUCGCCAACGUGGAAUCCAGUUAGUUUAUCAUCAUUCAUAUUCGACCGUGAUCGAUAUCGACGUAGUGUAAGUGAGCAAACACAUACCAUAACAACGCAUGAAUAUCAUAGUUAUCGACGAACAGAAUCACCUUGCCAACAUCGAAACUAUUGUGAGCAUUGCCCUUGCAUAAGUUGUCGUCGAUAUCGUCAACCUUCCUAUCGACAUCAUAUGAGUCGUCGACAAGCAUCAGGUUUUAUGUCGGAAGGGCGCCAAGAAUUUUAUUCUAGUGCUCAUUCUGUACGAGAUGAAGUGCGGCGAGGUAGUCCAACAGAUAUUGGGAUAUCGUUAAAUCCAUAUCAUCAGCGUUCGUCACAAUCCGAAUAUCAUCAUCAUCAGCAGCAGCAGCAGCAGCAACAGAGACAGCAGCGACAACAACAUAGUCAACAACAACAAGUAUAUCAGCCUCACCAUUUUCAUGAUAAUACUGAAUAUGAGCGCCAACGACCGAAACCUUUGUUGCAGAUUAAUCGACGCAGUACACGCGAAGUUCAACCAAACGAUCAAGCUGUGCCAAGUGCUACUAACGCUAGUCGAUAUGACGAGGCUGUCAUCAAGCGAAGAUAUGCCUUCGCUGACAUCCUCGAGAGCGAACGCUCAUAUGUUGCUGAUCUUCAGCGUAUUAUUGAAAUUUAUCUAUAUGAAUUAACUCGUCAAGAAUGCCCGUGGUUCGUCAAAGAAAAAAAAGACCUUCUCUUCAGUAACAUCGAAGAUAUAUUCGCAUUCCAUAAAGUAUUAUUCUUGAAUGAUUUAACUAAUACUAUUGAGCAUGAUCCAAAUGAAUUGGCUUAUGUAUUUUUACGUCGAAGAGAUCAGUUUUUAAAUCUUUAUUCGCAGUAUAUGUACGAUCGAGCACGAUCUGAACAUGUACUACAAACAAAUCCCAAUAUUCAACCUUAUUUUGAUGAAUUAAUUCAACGAUUAGGUUUACAAACAAGUGAUUUAACACUUAAUAAUUUACUUAAUCGACCUAUACAACGACUUGAAAAAUAUAAAAAUAUUUUACAAGAAAUGAUUAAAUAUACAAAUCGAAUGCGUGAAGACAGUACAAUAUUGCAACAAGCUUAUACAAUGAUAAGCAAUGUUUUAAAUGAAGCACGUCAACGUGAUGCAACCGAACUUAUCGACAGUCUACCGUUCACGAAUGAAGAAUUAGGCGAUUUAAAACGUCAUGAUACUGUUUUAAUUAAAACAGCAGAUCAGGAUCUUGAUUCAGUCAAUGAAAGUGGUACACGUUUACGUGAGAGAUUUUUGUAUUUAUAUCGUCACAAAAUCGUUUUAUGUCGACGUAAACGUGUCGAUAGUCGGUUAGAAGCAAGGUCAUUAGUAUUUAAACAAUCAUAUAAUACAAAUGAAAUAACAUUUAUUCAAGAAAAUUUUCCCGAUGAUGAUAAAAAAUUUGAAAUAACAUUUAAUGAUAAUGAACGUGCUACAUUUUAUGCUCGAAAUGCUUUUUCAAAAAUGUCUUUAGUUAGAUCAUUAAGAGAUAAUCUUAAAUCUCUUGGUUUUGUCGAAGAAAUUGAAAUGAUUGAAACAACUGAAAUUGAAGAUGACACACGACCAAAACGUUCGGCGACAAAAAAGCGUUCAAUGGAUGUAUUAGAGUCAACAACAUUCGAACAACAAAAACGUGGUCGCUCAUCAGGACAAACAACAUCUGGUACAUCAGAUUUUUAUUCAGUCGGAAGUGAAACAGAAUCAAGUUAUCAAACUGCUGGAGAAAAUGAUGAUUUUAAGCCGAAGUUUUUGAAAAAAUUAAAUGAUACCCUAGCUACAGAGGGUGAUUUUGUCACAUUAGAAUGUAUUGUUAUCAGUACAACACCAGUUUAUGCAACAUGGUUUAAAAAUAAUAUUCCUGUACAAGAUAGUGCUGAUUGUCGAUUAAUACAAGAAGACAAACGUUUUCAAUUAGUGGUGAAAGAAGCUUUUGUUGAAGAUGGAGGCGUUUAUUCAAUAAAAAUUUCUAAUCAUGCUGGAACAGUCCUAUGCAGUUGUAAAUUAUUCGUACGAGAAGAAAUGAGUGAUGAACGAACAAUACGCGACGAUUUAGUUAUUCGCGAAGGCUCAUCACCCGAAGCAAAAAAAGAUGCUACUGACAAUGAAGAUGAGUUACGUAUAAUAGAACUAGCGUAUGAUCAACCUGGUGGAUAUAAAGUAACACCACACGUUGGUCGAGCACCAAUUUUUCUUCAACCACUUAUGCCAAUUAUUUCCAAAGCUGGAGAUAUUGUUACCUUAAAAUGUACUGCUACAGCAACACCUAUGCCAUCUGCAACUUGGUAUAAAAAUGGCCUUGAAAUUCAACCAGGUGGUCGUUGUUCAGUAUUUCAUGAUCAAAAUGGAACUUAUUCAUUAGUUAUUUCCGAUGCUUUACCGCAAGAUUCAGGUUCAUAUGAAAUUACUGUACGAAAUCAAUACGGUACAGCAAAUUCAAAAACAAAUUUACAAAUUCUGGAACGUGAAAGUGUUUUUAUUCCGAUUCCCAUAACUCGAGUAUCAACAGAAGAACAUGGUACAGCUAAAUUAUCAUGUGCAGUUAAACGUCCAGAUGUAUUCGUUGAUUGGUAUAAAGGUGAUGAAGCAUUGUUUAAUGGACCACAAGAAGAAAAUCUUAAAUAUAAACGUAUUGACGAUGGUCUACAAAGAGAAUUGAUUGUUAAAAAUGUAUCGAUUGAUGAUCAAGGAGAUUACGUUUGUCAAGCUGAUAAAUAUCGCGUUACACUUCAUCUUAAUGUUCAAGGACCUGCUGCUGAAUUUGUACGUCCACUUGAAAAUAUUGAAGUAACAGAAAAUAAUGAAGCUGUUUUUGAAUGUCAAUUAUCAAAAGAAGAUGCUCAAGUUGAAUGGUGGUUUCGUGGAAUGCCUAUAGUGCCAUCAAAACAUCAUUUAAGUGCAUCACGUGGUUAUAUUCAUCAAUUGAUUAUACCAAAAGUUGCAAUGAGUGAUGAAGGAGAAUAUUCAAUACGUGUUGAUAAUAAAAAUACAUCAACUGCUCAAUUGUUUGUCAAAGAACAACCAAUUAUUUUUCGUCGUCCUUUACGCUCGCAAACUGUCGAAGAAAGUUCUUUAACUAUAUCAAACAAUGCUGUUUUCGAAUGUGAACUUAACAAACCAUUAAAACAAAUGUUAUGGUUCAAAUCUAAUGUUCAACAUUUAAUACCAUCGGAUAAAUAUCAAGUAGAAUCGUUUGCGAAUGGUCUCAUUCAUCGAUUAACUAUUCGUAAUGUUACUUUACGUGACGAUGGAGAAUAUACAGCAUCUACCGGAUUAAAUACGUCACAGGCUCGACUCGCCGUUGAGCCAUUAUUACCAAUUUUUGUGGUGCCAUUAAUGGAUGCACGUGCUAACACACGUGAAAGUGUCAAAUUAUCAUGUGAAACUAGUAAUCCCUGUCAAGUUAUAUGGAUGCAUCGCGGAAAGAAAAUUAUUGAAAAUAGUUAUAAAUAUGUAAUAGGCGACUUCAAUAAUACGACGUUGCAUACGCUUGAUAUUGAUAGUUUGGAUUUACGUGAUCAAGGUGAAGUUCUUUGUUCCAUAGCACAACAUCCAUCUGUCUCAACCACUUGUCAAUUACUGGUUGAAGACGCGCAAAAUCGAUCGGCAUUUAAUACACCAUUAAAACCAUUUAUGGAAUUUGUUCGUGGUCAAGAUGCAAUACUUGAUUGUGAAACAUAUGACUCGACAUAUUUUCAAUGGCUUAAAGAUGGUUCAACAUUAAUGGCAACAAGUAAUAAACUUCGAACACUUGAGGAUGAUAAACAUUCAACAUUAGUUAUUAAACAAUUUAAUGAAUAUGAUGAGGGUGUUUAUACAUGUGUAACACGUGAAGGUCAAGCAACAUCGACAACUGUUCGAACAAUCCGUCAACGUGAACGAACACCACGUAGUGAAGAACGUUUUGGUUCAUAUAUGAAAAUCGAUUCACCGCGUACAAGUCGAACACCUGAGCUAGGUGGUUAUCGUUCGAGUUUAAGUCCAUCAAGUUCUCGUUAUGUUCCAUCAUUAGGUGUUGACGAUGAACGUCAAAGAUCACCACGUGUUGAAGAAACAAGACGAACUAAAAAAAUUACAAUACAAGAAACAAGUGAACAACGUUUACCUCCUACAACUAAAACAAGCACAGCUACAUUUCGUCCAAGUGCAAGCCCAAGUCCGCAACGUGAAUAUGUUCGUAGCGGUUAUGCAUCAGGAACAAGCCCGGAACGAGAGCGUCUAUCGAUACCUCGUCAUUUUUCUCCAUCAACAACAACAUAUAAAUCAUCGAAUCAGUUACAAGAAUUUGGUCAUUAUAUUGAUCGUAGUUCGACAUCUCCGUCUACGUCGCCAACACGUAAAACAAGUAUAACAUAUGCAAAUAUAAAUACAUCAGCUAAAAUGCCACCAGUAUAUGAAGAACAAGAUGAACAUCAACGACAUCGUUCAUCAGUUACAUUUUCACCAAGUCGAUCACCAGCUAGACAACCUCCGCCACGUUUAUCAACGUCAGCUGAACGACGAAUCGUCGAAAUGCAAAUACCCAUUAGCCCUACGCCAUCACGUCAUGAAUUAAAACAUGCACCAUAUCGUGAAGAAUCGAUACCUGAAGAACACAUACAGUUUCUUGAUAGUGGAACGUAUGAUAAACAAACGCCAAUAUUUCAGAGUGAAGAACCUUAUGGUUUAAAUACAUCAAGUGUUCAAAUAACUGAAACAUUACCAAUGAUACAUAUCACGCAGCCACUAGUUGAUACACGUGUUGAACAAGGUAAGCCAUUACGACUUGUUGUUGAAACAUCACAACCAUCAAGUGAAGCCAUGUGGUUUAAAACUGAUGCAUAUGCAACAGCACCUAAUCUAGCGAAAAAACUUGAUGAAGAUGGAAAAUAUCAUAUGAUAACACAAGGCACACGACAUAUUCUUAUUGUACCUAAUGCAACACCCGAUGAUAAUGGUGAAUAUAUAUGUCGUAUACAAAACGCAAUGACACGUGCACAAGUGCGAAUAACUAAUGAAGAUCUACAAUUUAUUCGACGUUUACCACAAUCCAUUGAUGUUAUUGGUGGACGUGAUAUUAUUAUUGAAUGUGAAAUGAAUAAACUUGAUACACAAGCCAUAUGGAAAAAAGAUAAUGAGUUUAUUCGAAAUCCUCAAAAAUUUAUACCAAUAUCAGAAAAUAAAAAACAUAAAUUAAUUAUUAAAGAUGCAACGAGUGAAGAUUCAGGACUUUAUACCGUUAUUGUCAAUGAUCUUGAAUCAACAACAUAUGUUAAUGUGACACCUGAACCGUUACUUAUAUUGAAACCACUUCAAGAUCAACAUGUACAUUCAGGGGAUACAGUUACAUUUACAUGUGUUUGUUCAAAAACUCCUAAAACUGUUCAAUGGUAUUUAAAUGGUUAUGCAUUACCCAUUCAUGAACGUUAUCAACCAAACAUAAUCGAUCGUGAAAUACAACUAACAAUCGAUAAUGUUCAAGAAUCAGAUAUUGGAACAAUAACAUGUUGCUUAAAUAAUACAAUAACAACAGCUAAUUUAACAUUAGAUGAUAAAGAUACAACAUUGAAAUUUAUUAAAUUAUUAGAAGAUGACGAUACAGGAAAUAUUCAAGUAGAUUCACCAUUUAUGCUGGAAUGCAGAACAAAUAGGCCAACAUAUCAAAUUCGAUGGUUUAAAGAUAAUAGAGAAAUCAGUCAAUAUGAUCAAGUUAUGAAGACUAUUUCAGAUGGAUGUACACAUGUACUUCAAAUUUCUCGUGCACAACCCGAACACAAUGGUCGAUAUCGUUGUGUUGUUGCUGAUACACUUGAUACUUCAUGUCAUAUAACAGUGCGUGAACCUGAUUAUCGUUUUACUCAACCAUUACCUUCAAAUAUUCAAUUUUCACCUCAAACGGAUCGAUCAUUAACACUUGACGCAACACUUAAUCGAAAACCAGCUCAAGUUCAAUGGUUUAAAAAUAGUAUUGAGAUAUUUCCGUCAAGAAAAUAUGAAUUAGUUAAUGAACAUCAUGUUAUUGCAUUAAUUGUUCAUGAUUUAGCCUCUGACGAUCAAGGUUUAUAUCGUUGCAUUGUUGCUAAUGGGCAAGCAACUAGUGAAUGUCAGGUAUCAAUGAAUUUAAUGACUGAAAAUGAUCGUCGUUUAAUAAAACCAUUAGGAGAUCAGAAUAUCUAUGUACAUGAUACAUGUUCAUUGAAUGUUCAAUUUCAAGGCGAUGCGCCAGAUGUUAAAUGGUAUAAAAAUGGUCAAGAAAUCUAUCCAAGUCAAAAAUAUCGUUUAGUACAACAUGGAAAUGAGCAAACAUUACUUAUCGAUGAUUGCCAAUUAAUACACGACCAAGCGUAUUAUAGUUUACGUUUAGUCACAAAUCCAAAACUUGAUUUAACAUCAUGUUAUGUUCAAAUUAAAGAUAAAUAUGUUAAUAUAACAAAACCACUUGAACCACAAAGAUGCAUUUUAGGACAAGAGCAACAGGUUCAAUUCGAUUGUGAAACAACGCCAACAGAUAAAAAUCCUGUUUGGUUUUUUAACAAUCGACAAAUAGAUAAUACAUCAAAAUAUGAAUUAAUAUCAACAGAUAAUACACAUCAUUUAUUAUUUGUUCAUCAACCUGAAUUAUCUGAUCAAGGACAAUAUACAAUAUCGUUUCCUGAAAGUGAUCAAUCAUCAACAGCUAAUUUACAAGUUUUACAAACUCCGUCCACAUUAGAAUUUAUUCAACCACUUAAUGAUACAUUUUUAUGUGAAGAAGGUGAUAAUUUUGUACUCGUUACACGUACAAAUAAACCAACACAUGUUAGUUGGAUGAAAAAUGGCUAUAAAUUAUCAAUGAAACCGAAAUUAGAUUCAUUGCCGACAAAUGAACAUCGUUUAACAAUAGAAAAAGCACAAAAGUUAGACCAUGAAGGUAUUUAUACCUGUAUCAUUGAUACAAAUAAUGUCGCCACACAAUGCCAUGUUAAAAUUCUUGAACGUGAAUUACAAUUAAUUCAACCAUUACCAAAACAAAUACGUUUAAAUGAACAUGAUACAUUAACAUUAAUAUGUGAAACUAAUCGUAAACCUAAGAAAGUUCAAUGGUUUAAAGAUCAAUCAAAUAUACCAUUGGAAACAAAUAAUUCAUUAAUGAUCAUAAAUGCCGAUGAAACAUGUACAUUAAUUAUUAACAGUGUUAAUAAAUUCGAUUCAGGAACUUAUACUUGUCGUCUUGAAGAUCGCUUAAUUACUGUUUCGGAUGUUAAAAUACAGGAAUCUGCAUCACAAUUUAUUGAUGGUCCACAGUCAUAUCUUGUUUGGAGACGACGAGAAGAUGGACCUGUUGCAAACAUCAGUUGUACAUUGAAUAAACCAAAUGUACCAGUAAAAUGGUUUCGUGAAAAUCAAGAAAUUCGACCAGAAUUUAAUGAUAAAUAUGAAAUUAUUUCUGAAGGUGCUAUUCAAUGUUUAUUAAUACAUGAUGUACAAAAAGAUGACUCAAGUAAAUAUGUUGUUUCAUUGGGAUCUACUUAUCGUGCAUGUCAUCUCGAAGUUAUUGAUGAUACGGGAAUAUCGACUGAUGAUGAAGGUCUUGAUCAAAUUUUACAACCAUUUGCUUCUCCUCAACGACAAGAAGUUUUGGAAGGCGAUUCUCUGACCAUUGAAGUAUCACCUGAUAAUGUUCUUCAACCGAUGUUACCAAAUCAAUUUCGUUUAUUAAAAAAUAAUCGUCCUAUAAUUGAUGAUUCUCAUAUACAAUUGGAGCGCGAUAAUGAAUCGAUUGAUUCAAAUCGAUGGCUAAUACGUUUAGUUGAUGUUGAUUUGAAUGACUCUGGUGUAUAUUCAAUAGAAAUAAAUAAUCAAAUUCGACAAGAUUUACUUGAUUUAUUUGUUAAAAAACGACCAAUACAAAGACAAUUCAUAACAUUACCGAAAGAUGAAUUUUAUUUACAUGAAACAAUAACACUGGAAUGUAAAUUUGAACGACCAAUAAAAACUAAAUCUCUUCCACCAACAUGGUUUAAAAAUGGUAGUCCAAUACAACCAUCGAAUCAUCAAUUGAUUGACAUUGAAAGUUCAACAACAGAUGGUUCAACAAAAUAUUCAUUAACAAUAAAAAAUGUUGAAUUUUCCGAUGAAGGUAUUUAUGAAUUACGUAGUGAUUAUCUUAUUGUCGAAACUCCAUUUAUUCGUAUUGUUGAAAAGCCCAUUCAAGCUGCAACUGUUCGUACUGUAACUGAAGGUGAUAGUCUUCAAGUGGAUGUUAAUAUUGAUCAAAAUGAAUAUCAACAAAUAUCACCGGACAACUUACUCGGUCAAAUAACUGUUUUAAAAGAUAAUCGUCCAAUAAUAAAUAAACCCGAAAUAAAUAAAUGGUUUGAUGGUAAACAAUUUAAAUUAGAAUUGAAAAAUUUAUCAUUAAAUGAUCGUGGUUUAUAUGAAAUUAAUAUACAAGGGCAACGUUCACCAAUUUGUUUACUCGAUGUUAAAGAACGACAACCAGAAGUAUUUUUACUUGAUUUAGAUCGCAAUACAUUUGACGAAGGGGAAACAAUACGUUUAGCCUGUACUUUUCCACAACGGCCAGAUCCACUUUCAAAUUGGUUUAAAGAUGGACAAUUGAUUCAUCCAAAUGAAAAUGUUCAAUUAAUCGAUGAAGAUAAUACAUUCACUAUUAUUAUUCGAAAUGCCAAACGCACAGAUUCUGGUGUUUAUGAAGUUCGUAUUGGCUCAGUGAUAGCUCGUGCACCUAUGAUUCAUGUUAUACCAAAGCAACCACAACAACAAGAUAUACCAACACAAAAUAUUCGAGAAGGUGAUACAGUUACAUUAUCAGUCGAAGGUUUACAAGCAAAUGUUAGACCUCAAGAUAUUCAAUUAUUAAAAAAUGGAAAACCAAUUAUGCCUUCACAAAAGCCAAAAGCAUCAAUUAAACGAGAAGAUGAUAAACUUCGAAUUAUAUUACAAACAUUAGCACUUGACGAUUCAGCUCUAUACAGUGUAAAAAUUCAAAAUGAAAUUCAUCCAUUAGCACAAAUUCAAGUCGAACCACGUCAACCUGAAAUUCAAGAAAUGCAACUUGAACAAGAUACAUUUUAUGUUGGUGAUACAGUUACACUUGAUUUAGAAUUUACUAAUGAACCAACAGAACAACCACGCUGGGCAAAAGACAGUGUUCCACUUAGAAAUAAUGAUCGAGUAACAAUUGAAAACACUGGAAAUAGAGUUAGUCUAAUUGUACGAGACUUACGACUAGAUGAUGCUGGUAUUUAUGAAGUUCAAAGCGGUCCAUUAAUUGUACGUACACCCUUCAUAAAUAUUGUCGAACGUCCACAAGAUAUUACUGAAAUUGUUGAUGAAACUAUAACAUAUACAAUUACACCAAAUCUUCCAUUACCACCGGUUGAUGCAAAAUUUUGUACAAUAAAAGAAGGAGAUGAUGUUACACUUAAAAUAGUUUCAUCAACACCGCUAACAAUUAAUGAUGUUGAACUAUUUAAAAAUGGUCAAUCUAUACAGACUGAUAAUGAAACUCGUAAACAUCUUCAUCUCGAACAAUAUGGAGAUAAAGAUGUUCGUUUAAGUAUCACAGAUGCCCGUUUAAUUGAUGCAGGUGAUUACAGUGCAUUAAUUAAUAAUACUCUUCAACCAAUAAUAAAACUUGAUGUUCAACCUCGUGAAAUGCAAUUACAAAUGAUUAACUUACCACAAGAUACAUUUAAUGAAACUGAAACAUUAAAAAUUGAUUGUCAAUUUCCACAAUCAAAUAUAAAUAAAGAUUAUAAAUGGUAUAAAGAUAAUCAAUUAUUAAGGCCAAAUGAUCGUCUUGAAAUAAAGAAAGAUGCAUUAAAUGAUUCAUUAAUUAUUCAUAAUUUACAAAUGACUGAUGCUGGUGUUUAUGAACUUAAAAAUCAAAAUGCUAUUUUACGUACACCUCCAAUUAAAAUUAUUCCUAGCGAGAAAAAAAUAGACGUUCACGAAUUACGACCACAAGUCAAUUCGAAACUUGUUCAUGAAGGUGAUACUGUUACUUUUGAAUUAACACCAAAUUUUGAUGUGCCAUUGAAUAAAAUCGAAUUAUUUCAUGAGAACAAUCCCAUAACGCAUGAACCAUAUGUUCAUAUGAAAAAAGAUUAUAAAACAAAUUCAAUCACUGUACAAAUUGAAGACAUUAAAAUACCUGAUCAAGGUUUAUAUACAGCUAUUGUACAAGGCCAAUCAGUACCAUUAGCUGAAUUAAUUGUUGAACCACGACCAACAAUUAUACAAGAUAUGGAUUUACCAAAGGAUGUUUUUUAUACCGAUGAACGUCUUGAACUUGAAUGUGAAUUUCCACAGGUACCAAAGGGUGAUCAACCAAAAUGGUUUAAAAACAAUCAACCAUUACAAUCUACAUCAAAUGUUCAUUUAUUGACAGAAAAUCAAGGACGAAAACAUUCAUUAAUUAUUGAUCAUUUAAAACCAGACGAUACAGGACAAUAUGAAUUAAGAGUGAAAGGUUUAAUUGUUCGUACACCAUUAAUUCGUGUUAUUCAACGAGACCAACCACAAAUUGAUGAACCCCCAACGCCUUAUAUUGUUACUGAAGUUGAAGAUGAUCAAGACCAAGAUAAACUUAAACCGAAAACAUCACAAAGGCGAUUAAGUAAUGUUGUUAUAGAAGAUAUUACAAAUAAAGAUAAUACUUCACUUGAAUCAACAUCUCGUGAAAAUACUCAACGAGUUCAGGAAGGUGAUUCCAUUCAAUUGAAAGUCGUCAGUACACUUGAUAUCAAACCCAAUCAAUUUCGUCUAAUACACGAUGGUGCUCCAGUUGAUAUGAAAAAGCGUUCAUCAAUUGUUGUUGAUCGUGUAUCACCUGGUACAUAUGCUGUGUCAUUACUUAACCUUCGUGUAUCAGAUUCGGGUCUUUAUGAAUAUCAAAUCGAAGGUGCUCCAACACCAAAACAUUUAGUUACACUUUAUGUUGAGCCCCGACAAGUUAAAGAAAAAGUUCUAGAUUUACCACAAACAACAUUUAAUGUUGGCGAAUCAAUUCUAUUUAAAGUUGAUUUUGAUGAGCAUGAUCAAAUGAAUGAAACACCAAAAUGGUAUAAAAAUGAAAUGUUUAUUUCAAUGAAUUCAAGUCCAAGACAUAAACAAACUACUGAUCAUAUUAAUCGUACGCAUACAUUUGAAAUAUAUAAUUUACAAUUAGAAGAUAGUGGAGUUUAUGAAAUGCGUACACCCAAUUUAUCAGUAAAAACACCUGAAAUUAAAAUUAUACCGCAACAGGGACCAAAACCGACAGAAGAAGAAGUCCGUCCACAAGAAGUUGUUCGACAAUCAUCAGUCACUAUCGAUAUGAAAAAACCUCGGGAACAAUUACAGGAAUCUCAACCUGUCGAAGAAUUUCAACCUAUUGAAGAAAACAUCCCUGUUCAUGAAGUAACUGAAGGCGAUAUGAUGCAUUUAACUGUUGAAAAGCCUUCAACUGUUAAUUUAUCUGAUAUAAAAUUAUAUAAAAAUAAUCAACCAUUAUUGCCAUCAAAAAAUAUACAUACUGAAACAACAUCACCAACUACACUUGAUAUAAAAUUUUCACCUGUUGAAUUAAUUGAUUGUGGUUAUUAUUCAAUUAGUAUACGUGAUCAAAUUCAGCCAAUAAUGCAAUUAAAUGUGCGUGAAAAACCUAUUCAAAGACAAAUUAUGAAUUUACCCCAAGACACAUUUCUUGAAAAUGAAACAUUGACUAUUGAAUGCAAAUUUGAUUCAAAACCAGACACAGAAUUUAUUUGGACCAAAGAUGGAUCUAUUUUGUUAAAUGAUUCAAGAAUUAAUAUUAAACAAAAGAAUGAAACGUUUACUUUAGUCAUUAAAGACUUAAAAUUGUCAGAUCAAGGUGUUUAUUCACUUGAAAGCAAAUAUUUAAUAUUAGAUACGCCAUUUAUUAAUAUUUUACCAAAACCGCAACCGCAACCACAACAACAACCAACUGUUCAAAUUGAACACGAUGAGACAAUAGUAAAUAUACAACCAAAUGCAACAGUUAUUGAUAAAGAAGAUAAAAUUGAAGAAAUAACGGUAACAGAACAACCAUUAGAGCAAACUUCGGCGCCUACAGCUCAAAUUGAAUCUGAAGAUAAUCAAUCAAAUGAAAAAGUAACAGCAACGACAACAGUCGAACAACAGGAAACUUCAUUUCAAGCUAAUGCAUCAGCUACCAAACCUGAACAAACAACAGAAGAUAUUAUUGUUCAAACUCAAGAGCUGAUUCCCACUGAACAAGUUGUUGAAAUUAAAGCAGUAACGAUUGAAGAAAUUCAACCACAACCGACAGUAACUGUAACUAAUCAACAAGAAGAAAUUAUUGAACAAGCAAUUGUUACGUCCGUCGAACAACAGGAACCUGCUAUUGAAAGUCAAGAAAAUGAAGUUGUUACAACAACUCAAGUUGAAGAGCAACCAUUACUUCUAGCUACAGUCGGUGAAACAUCAACAUCAGCUCAACCAGAAACCGAAGAAUAUCAAUUCGUAAAACUCGCAAAUGAAACCGUUGAAGAAAUAAAAGCGAUUGAAAAACUACUAACGUCUACACAGGUCAACAGUAACGAAAAACCUACUAUUAACGAAGGACAACUUGAUGAUACCAAAUUAAAAAUCACCGAAAUUGCAACAGAUACUGAAAAUAACGAUGAAAAGAAUGUGCGUACUACUGAUGCUACAAAUUUCAAGGAAUCUUUGAACUCUGUUGUCGCUGUUGAACAGGAAACGGUACAGACUGAAAACCUACAAAUACUUGAAGUAGGAGAAAAACAUAUUAUAACUACCGUCUCGGAUAAUCAAACGCCAUCUGAAAUACCCAUAGAUACUAUAAAUGCGCCAGAACAAAAUCUAGAAAUUCUAACCAUAGAUGAACAGGCCACUGAAUACAAAUUUGUAAAAAAACCUGAUUCAGGAAACACAACAGUUGAAGACGCCAUAAGCCAAGAACCAGAAUCAUUAGUAACGAUUGAUACUUCUCAUAUCAUACAUGAAGUGACUCACGAUAAAAAAACAAUCGAAAAACACAACAAAACUUCUACAGAAACUGAAUCCACCACGAAAAACAUACUAAAACAGGUAGAUGAACCUACUCCAUUACUACAGGAGCAAGAAUGGGUGAUGUCUUCAACUAAAGAACAGACCAUGACGAACGAUGCGAAUGUUCUUGAACCUCGCGAACUGCCAGAGAAACUGCCAAAGGAACUUCAUAAUACUGAACAAAACGACAUCCCUACUCUUGAAGCUCCAGCAACAAAACUUGAAGCGCCUAAAGUAAAUGCUGAGAGCGUAGAGUCGAUCCGUACACUCGUCGACCAGCCAAUUUCCAAACAAACAACACAAAUUCAAGAAGACUCUUCUUCAAUUGAAAAAUCUGACGAAAGACAACCUAUCCUACACGAUGAUCUAUUUACAAAUGAGACUAUGCAACCAGUUCAACAAACUACUUAUACCAUUAUAGAAGAACCCUUGCAAACGAGUAACUCUACUGAGCAAAAUCAGGAGCCAGAAGAAAUCCGAACAGAGACCGUCACUCAACAAGUCACUACUGCAGAAAAUAUCAGUGAAGAAAAAUCUGAAACUAGAACAGUGAAUAUGGAAGAAUUCACUAUCAGCGAGAAGAAAAUUCAUGAGAAGAAAACAGCCGUUGACGCAAAACAAGAACAUAGCACUGCAACUACCUCUAUAACUGGAGUGGAAAUUGACGAUACGUUAACACUAACACCUUUGCUUGCUGAUGAGUUAGCCACACGAGUUUCUGAAGUCGGAACAACGGAACCACAUGAGAUACCAAUUGGUAGCCAACACAACAUACCCGGAACUGUAAUCAUACCUUCUGAAAAACCGUUCACCACAGAUAAAAUGAACAAGAUUGAAAUAAUUCCAGCAAUUGAUCAAACUAUUGGCAUAACCGACACAGAACAAACUGUUCCAAACGUCAUCUUCCCUGAAAUCGAAAGAGAAACAAAGCCGGAUGAAAACGUUUCACCAACUGAACAGAUCACUACCACAACAGUGACUAUAGAAGAACUCGCUAUCAGCGAAGAUGUAAAUGAAAAAAAGAAAGCACCUGUUGACGAACAACCGAAAGAAACUACGGACACUGAAACGGUAUCAAUGACAGAAGAAACAGCUGAAGACACACCAAUGUCUACAGCUCCACUUGUGACAGAAAAAUCAGAAACAGCAACAGUCAUUGCCGAAAAUGAGGGAGUACUUACUAACGAACAACCGAAACGAACUCAUGGAAUUGACAUGAUUUUGACAAAAAGAGAAACAGUCGAAGACAUAUUGAUGUCUACAGCUUCACUUGAGGAAGAAAAACCAGAAGUGGAAUCGACACCACGAGUUUCCGACCAGGAUACAGCUGAACUAAGUAUGAAACCACUUGCAGACGAACAGAUCGAUGCGAAACAUACAACUGAACAAGUAUUGCCAACAACUGCAACAGAAACUAUCGUAAACGAAGAAGUAACUGAGACGGAAACGAUCCGAACAGUCGAUGGCACUGUUCAAAAUGCAAUAUUUUCUGAAAUCGAAGAAGAAAAAAAGCCGUAUGAAAACAUUUUUCCAAAGGAACGUCUCACUAACAAUGAAGACUUCAUAGAUGAAAAAUUUGAUACACCAACAGUGACUAGUGAACAACUCUCAACCAAUGAGGUUUUAACUGAAGAACAGACAGCACCUCCUGGCAAACAGCCGAAAGAAACUACGGAUACUGAAACAGUACCGACAACAGAAGAGACGACUGAAGACGCCCUCGUGUAUCCAGCUCCACUUGUGGAAGAAAACACGGGAGUGGAAUCGACACUACGAGCUUCAGACGAGGACAUAGUCGAACUAAAUCAGAAAUCACUUGCAGAUCAAGAAAUCUCGCCAGAAACUGAAAAACGUAUCGUAACUGAACAAUUAACUAAACCUGAAACGAUUUCAACAGUGGAUCAAACUAUCGACGUGGUCGACACUGAACAAACUGUUCCAAACGCCAUCUUCCCUGAAAUCGAAACAGAAACAAAGCCGGCUGAAAACGUUUCAUCAACUGAACAGAUCACUACCAGUGAAAACUUUAAGGAUGAAAAAUCUGAAACAUCAACAGUGACUAUCGAAGAACUCAUUACCAGCGAGGAUGUAACUGAAGAAAAGAAAGGAGCUAUUGAUGAACAAUCGAAACUAGCGACGGAGAAUGGAACAAUACAGACUACAGUUCCACUUGCGGAAGAAAAAUUAGAAACAACUACAGGGGCUGUCGAACAACUCACUACUACUAAGGAUAUAACCACAGAACAGAAAAUACUUCAUGACGAACAGCUAAAAGAAGCUGCUGAGACUGAAACGAUUUUGCCAGCCGAAGAAAUAAUUGAAGACACGGUGAUACCAAAAGCUUCAGUUGCGGAAGAAAUAUCAGAAGUGAAAACCGUGAAAUCAGCACUACAAGUUUCUGCUGUGACGACAAGUGCACAAAUUGAGAAACUAGUUGUAGAUCAACCAAUCGAAGACAAUUUGUCAGAAGUCGAGAAAAAUAUGGAAAACGAAAACAAAAACGAAAAAGUAACUGCAAUUGAACAGAUGUCCAGAACUGAUCACACAGUUGACGACGUUGUUGUUCCUGAAAUUACCGAAAACGCAAAGUCCGGUGACACAGCUCCAAUCGUUGAACAGAUCAUCUUUGUAGAAAAUUUCAGUGAAGAGAACCCCGAAAAAACAGCAACGGUGACUGUUGAAGAACUCGCUACCAUUGAGGAGAUCCAUAAAAAAGAGGAAACAUCUAUUUACCAACAACAGAAGCAUCCCACUGAAACUACAUCCACCACCGAAGAGGGAAUAGAAGAGACAUUAACCGUUGAAACUCCAGUUGUUCAAGAAACAUCGAAACCACAAACAAUUGAUUCAACUUCACACUUUGUCGAAGAGGAAACCACAAAGCAAACUGAAAAUCCAAUUAUAGACCAUGCAAUUGAAGCGAAACUCAAAGCAGGAGAAACCUUGUCAAUAAAUGAAAACAUAGUUACUGAAAACCCCAUCACAAAAGGCGAGAUCACUAGAAUUGAAACGAUUCCAAUAAAUGAGGAAGCUGUAAGCACAAUCAUAGGAGAAGAAAUAAUUGAAAGCGUUGUCUCUACUAGUGUGAAAGAAGAGUUGCAGCCUCGUGAGACCUUUUCAAAUGAUGAACAGCUUACUACUAUACAGCACAUUGACAACGCAAAAUCGCAAACUACACAAGUGCCUAUGGAAGAACACGUUGUCACUAAGGAGGCCAAUGCGGAAGUAAACGCGACCGUUGACGAAGAACAGAAAUACCCCAGUCAAGUUGCAGCUGAAACUGCGACUGCAGCGACUACCGAAGAACAAAUAGCAGGCACGUUGACGCCUAAAACUCAACUUGUCUCAGAGAUGCCAAAAGUACAAACAGUCGAAUUAGAGUCACAUGUUUCUGAAAAGGAGACCAUGGAACAACUUCAGAAACCGAUCGAAGAUCAGCAAUCCAGAGAAAACUCGACAGUUGAAGAAACUUUACCAACAAUUGAAUAUAUACCCACUGAAAAAAAUGUCAUACAGGACGACUCAACUACAAUUGAAACCACUCAAAUAGCUGCUGAAACUAUUGACACAGCUGACACAGAAAAAACUGUUCCAAAAAUGAUUUUUCCUGAAAUCGAAGAAGAAUCAAAGAUCGAUGAAAGCGUUUCUCCAACGGAACAGGUCACUACCACUGAAAAUUUCAAGAAUGAAAAUUCUGACACACCAACAAUGACUAUUGAAGAACUCACUAGUACUGAGGUUGUAACUGAAAAAGAGAAAGCGCCUGUUGAUACGCAACCGAAAGAAAUAAUUACUGACGCCGAACCUGUAUCGACAACAGAAGAAACAACUGAAGGUACGCUUAUAUAUGUAGCUCCAAUUGCGGACGAAAAUACAGAAGUGGAAUCGAAACCACGAGUUACCAACGAAAGCACAACCGAAUUAAACGAGAAACCAAUUGCAGAUAAACAAAUCUUGCCAUUAACUGAAAAAACUAUCGUAAACGAAGAUUUAACUGACAUUGAGACGAAUUCAACAGUUAUUCAAACUACUGGCACGAUCGACACAGAAAAAACUGUUCCAAACGUGACCUUUCCUGAAAUUGAAGAACAAUCAAACUCCGAUGAAAUAGUUUCACGAACUGAACAGACCACUACCAAUGAAGACUUGGGGGAACAAAAACCUGAAAUAGCAACAGUGGUCACCAAGGAAUUUACUUCCAGCGAGGAUGCAACUGAAGAAGAGAAAGUACAUGUUCACGAACAACAGAAGGGAACUGCUGAAAAUGACACUAACACUAUAUCGACCACCAAAGAACACUUUGAAGAAACAUCUAUACCCAAAACUCGACUUUUCGAGAAAACAUCAGAAGCAGAAGACGUCGGAUCAAUAUCAUCAGUUUCUGAAGACGAGGCUACGAAAGAACUCGAAAAAACAAGUUUAAGCAAACAAUUCGAGGAGAUGCCUAGGGUUGAUGAAACCUUGUCUAGAGCUCCAGUUACAGUCAUCGAGAAAAAUUCGUCAUCAACGGAACAAGUAUCACCACAAAUAUCUGUCAGUAGCGAAGAAGUAUCUGCAGUUUUAAGUGUACCUACAAUCAUGCAGCAUAGUUCAACUAUUGCUACAAAUGAAAUCAUUGAGGAGGAUAUAUCAUCCGGAAAGAGUGAUGUACGCAAAUCCAUCGAAAAGAGUUCAAACGUUGAACCCAACAUGAAUAUAGGGGAAUUGCUUGAACAGCGGGAGCUAAGAAAUGUUCCUGAAGAACAGGUGUCGGAAAAGAAUGCUCCCCUAGAACUCAUGCAAGAGACGCUGAAACAAUCACUAGGCAAAACAAAUACAACGGACGAGACACUGAUACAUAAAACAGUUGAAAUUGAAAGUGUUCCUGUGCUCGAACCCGCUGAAGAAGAGCAAGCGGCAAAAGUUGUGACGGAAUCAUCUUCUCAUAAUAGACAAGAUGCUCCGGAAGUUGCCGUUGACAACGAAGAUGCAGCUGUAAUUUCCGAAGCAUAUAUGCACGACCAUCAGAAACCGCUGAAAGUCUUCGAAUUGCCUGUCCAACACGUUCAAGAGAACAGCGACGUUACGGUGACUAUUCAAGUCCCAAUCAGUACAAAUCUAAUACUUCUCAAAGAUGGUAUUCAGCAAUCCUUAUCCGACCAUGUAGAAUUUACCCCUGUUUCAUACAACACGGUGCAACUAAAUAUAAAAAAGGUAAAACCGGAGGACGAAGGUGAAUACGUUAUCCAAAUUGAUGAAACACACCAGCCAAUCAUGAAACUUCAAGUAACACCCGCACCUGUUAUUCGACAAGAAAUGCAAUUACCGAAAACAGAAUUCAAUCAAAACGAGACACUCACUAUCGCUUGUCAAUUUGAUGCUUCACCAGAAGAACCGUUUAUCUUUCUUCAUAAUGAUCAACCCAUUGCAUCAGACUCUCGUGUAACAACAGUUGUGGAAGACAAUAAAUAUACGAUCAUUGUAAAAGAUCUUCGUCCAGACGAAGAUGGCGGUGUUUACACAUUAAAAUCUGAUCAUUUGAUUCUGUACACGCCGAAUAUCACUGUUGUUUCUCAAGAGAAAAAACCUCAUAUUGAAACAGCAACAACAAUCGAAGAAGAAAUAGUUUUUAUUGUGCCAGACCAACGGCAAUCUCAACCUGCUACCCAAGAAGAAGAAGAACAAGUGACAAAAAUAUUAGAAGAAACAAAGCCUGAAGAAAAAAGCGAAAUUCCAAUUCAAGAAGUCGAAGAAACUACUACUGUCACAUUGACAAUACAAUUACCCGAAGGUACAUUUCAUACAGAAGUUAUACUACUGAAAAACAACGAAGAAUUACACCCGUCCGAACAUAUCAAAUUGGCUAAAACAUCCCCAACAACUGUUGAGAUUCAAAUCAUCAGGGCUAAGCCUGAUGAUGAAGGAAAGUACAGUGUUCUUAUCGACGGAAAAGAACAACCAGUAAUGCAANGAAGAAACUACUACUGUCACAUUGACAAUACAAUUACCCGAAGGGCUAAGCCUGAUGAUGAAGGAAAGUACAGUGUUCUUAUCGACGGAAAAGAACAACCAGUAAUGCAACUCAAAGUUAUACCAAAGCCUGUUAUACAUCAGAUAAUGGAACUUCCUCAAACAAACUUUAAAGAAGGCGCAACGCUGACAAUCAAAUACCAGCUCGACACUAUACCUGAAGAAACAUUUGAAUUUCUACGAAAUGGAAUACCUCUUACACCGGAUGAUCGAAUUUCGACUAAGGUGGAAGAUAAUAAAUAUACGAUCACCGUAAAAAAUCUUCGUCCAGAUGAAGAUGAAGGUGUUUACACAUUGAAAUCAGAUCAUUUGAUUCUCGAUACACCAUCUAUAUCAGUGACCGGUAUAAACAAAAAAGGAGAAAAACCUGAAGUAGUUGACGUUGUGGAAGAAAUCGAAGAAGAAAUUAUCGUAGUCGAGCCUAUCAAUCAACGAGAACUCGUCGAUGUCGAAGUACUGAAAAUACAAAGCGGCAAGUUACCUGAAGUAUGGACUACAAGUACUGUAACAGACGAAACUGGACAGGAUGCAAGUACCAAUAUGGAAACGAACGUGACGACAGUGGACGAAGAAGACAAAACUGUGACCGAAACAGUUGACAACGAUUUACCUGCUAUCAUCACACAGAAAUUAGAAGAAGUAACACAAAUAAAAAUUAUUCAGGAACAACCGAACGAACUCCAAGAACCUACAAAUUUUCCAAGUGAAACAACAACUGACAACGAAGACAAUCCGGAAUUCAAACAUCCAGACGCCCAUCAAGCAACUUUACAAACGAAAGAGCGAGACACUGAAGAAGAAAAACCUCGACCACCUGAACUAGAAAAGCCAAAAUCAACCGACCAAGAAAAACCCUUAUCAGCUCUGGAAGAAGAACCAGCUGGAGUGGUCGAAGAAAGUUCAACACCUGUAGAAGAAGAGAAACCAAAACCAACCGAAGAAGAAACGGCACUGCCAGUGAAAGAAGGAAAGUCAGUGCCACUGGAAGAAGAUCAAUCGAAACCAACCGAUGAAGACAAAACCGUACAAGUGAAAGAAGAAAAAGCAGUACCAGUUGUCGAAGAAAGUACAUCACCGGUAGAAGAACAGAAACCGAAACCAACCGAAGAGGAAAAACCAAUGCCGGUUCUCGAAGAAACUUCAACACCGGUUGAGGAAGGGAAACCGAAACCAACCGAAGAAGAAAAACCAAUGCCGGUUGUCGAAGAAACUUCAACACCCGUUGUCGAAGAUACUUCAACACCGAUAGAAGAAGAGAAACCGAAACCCACCGAUGAGGACAAGACCGUGCCAGUUGUUGAAGGAAUUUUGACACCACUGGAAGAGGUGAAGCCGAAAUUAGUGGGCGACGAGAAGCUGGAAGCAGCCGAAAAGGAGAAACCGCAUGCGAUCGAACAGGAGGAAAGUCUCCUAGUUGAAGAAGAAAAUGGAAAAUCGGCUGAGGAAAAGAGACCAAAAGCAACUGAAGAAGAUUUACCAUUACAAGCGGAUGAAGUGAAGACGAAGGGUUUUGUAGAGGAGAACGCUGCACCAACUGAUGGCGAGAAAUCCACAGCAAUGGAAGAAGUGAAGCGAACUCAAAUUGAAGUGCAGGAGCCGGUUGCAGAACUAGAAAACCAGCUAAUCGAAGAUGUAAAAACUGAACCUGGCGAAGAGGCGGAUCGCAAAGCAAUUAAAGAAGAGAAAUCAACACCGGACUUACGAGAAGAGUCCACAUCAAUCGAAAAAAAGAGUGUACAAGAAGUGGACGAGCUACAAAAGAACUUGCCCGAAAGCGGUCCUGUACAUGAAGUUGAAGAAACUACUACUGUCACAUUGACAAUACAAUUACCCGAAGGUACAUUUCAUACAGAAGUUAUACUACUGAAAAACAACGAAGAAUUACACCCGUCCGAACAUAUCAAAUUGGCUAAAACAUCGCCAACAACUGUUGAGAUUCAAAUCAUCAGGGCUAAGCCUGAUGAUGAAGGAAAGUACAGUGUUCUUAUCGACGGAAAAGAACAACCAGUAAUGCAACUCAAAGUUAUACCAAAGCCUGUUAUACAUCAGAUAAUGGAACUUCCUCAAACAAACUUUAAAGAAGGCGCAACGCUGACAAUCAAAUACCAGCUCGACACUAUACCUGAAGAAACAUUUGAAUUUCUACGAAAUGGAAUACCUCUUACACCGGAUGAUCGAAUUUCGACUAAGGUGGAAGAUAAUAAAUAUACGAUCACCGUAAAAAAUCUUCGUCCAGAUGAAGAUGAAGGUGUUUACACAUUGAAAUCAGAUCAUUUGAUUCUGGACACACCGAAUAUCACUGUUGUGUCUCAUGAGAAGAAAUUGGAUACCGAAAUAAAAACUAGUGAAGAAGAUAUUGUCGCUUCUGGAAUGCCGGAAGCACCUUUGCUCGAUAGUAGCACUGAUCAGGGUUCUGAAGAAUCUCCUACAUCAGAUGAAAUGAAACCGGCAGUAAAUGUGAUACCAGUGGUGGAGAAAAAAGUCCCGAACGAAUCUAAUGAAGAAGUUACCAUGGAAUCUGCUCUUGAGAAGCCAUCAGAUGAAGUGCCAAAAGACGAAGAGAAAAUAGAUCGAAGUGAAAUUGAGAUUCCAAUCGUUCGUAUUCCAGCAGGUGACACAAUAUCGAUUCGUGUACCUGAUUCUAAAACAACAGAAGCAACUGAAUUGAAUCUAUAUAUAAAUGAUGUACGUGUAACAACAUUGGAUGAUGACGAAAGCCGCAUUACUAUUGAAAAAGAUGGUGGAACCGAUAACUACAUUGUCGUAUCGGAUACCAAGCCGGAAGAUGCUGGCCGAUACAGUGUUGAAUUCAGAGGGAAAUUACAAACACUUUGUAUGCUUGAAGUCAUGCCCGCAAGGCUAAAAAAAUCGGACGUUGAAAUUCCGAAAACACAGGUUGCCGUUGAAGAUGUAGGUGAGGAAGACGAGCAAAAACCGACCGAUAUUCCAACAUAUGAAGUUGUCGAAGGCAAUAGUGUUAAUCUCAAAAUUGAACAGCCAACAGGAACCGACAUCACACAAAUAGUUUUAUUUAAAAAUGGCCAAAAGCUUGAACCCAGUACUUGUUUGACAAUAUUGCCAACAUCGUCAACCACUAUUGAAAUCAAUUUAGAAAAUGUCAAACCGGGCGAUCAAGGUACCUACUCAAUUCAAUUUGGUAAUAAACCCAGUCAAAACCUAAUGAACUUGCGAGUUCUAGCAAAACCUGUUAUUCAUGAUUCUCUCCGGUUACCAAAAGAGGUGUUUGACGAAGGGGAAACGUUGACUAUUCAAUGUGAAUUUGACAGUAAACCAGACGAACCAUUGGUUUGGAAAUUAAACGAUAUUCCUUUAACUCAACUUAACGACGAUAGAAUUACAACUGAAACAGCUGCUGACGGAAAAUCAUACACUUUAACAGUUAAAGAUCUACGGCCUAAACAACACGAAGGAGUCUACAAAUUGGAAAGUUCACAUUUGGUACUAGAGACACCAUUUAUUCGAGUCAUCGAAAAUGUCGAGGAAGAAGAAGUAGAAACAACUACCUUAGUUGAAGAUGAAGAAACAGAAUCAUUUGAAUUACAAAGAAAACCAAAAAUAGAACCCACACCAGACCAAAAACUUGAAACUAUCACCAAAGAAACUGAAUCAGAAAGUAUCGAUCAACAGCCAUCACCUAAAUUGGAAGAAGACACGACAACACUUCUGCAGCAACCACAGGGAUCCACACCGAAUCAAGAACCACAAGGACCCACACAGCCGGUUGAAGACAAACCAAAGACCGAACCAACGGCAGAAGAGAAUCCGAAAUCAUCUGAAGACGUAAAACUCAAGCCAGUGGAUGAGGAAAAACCACAACCAGCUGAAGAGGUAAAACCCGAACCACUUAAAGAGGAAAAACCACAACCAGUGGAAGAAGAGAAACCAACACCCGUGGAGGAGGAAAAGCCACAACCAGCUGAAGAGGUAAAGUCCGAACUAAUCGAAGAGGAAAAACCGCAACCAGUGAAAGAAGAGAAACCGACAACCGUCGAGGAGGAAACACCAAAACUAGUUGAAGAAGACACAUCGAAACCAGUGGAAGAAGAAAAACCUAAGCCAGUGCAAGAGAAAAUACCCCAGCCAGUUGAAGAAAAGAAACCGACACCAGUGGAGGAGGAAAAACCACAACCAGCUGAAGCGGUAAAACCCAAACCAGUGGAAGAGGAAAAAUCUCAACCAGCGCAAGAAGAGAAACCAACACCUGUGGAGGAGGAAACUCCAAAACCACUUGAAGAAGAAACACCGAAACCGGUGGAAGAAGAAACACCGAAACCGGUGGAAGAAGAAAAACCUAAGCCAGUGGAAGAGAAAAUACGCCAGCCAGUUGAAGAAAAGAAACCAACACCAGUGGAGGACGAAAAACCACAACCAGCUGAAGCGGUAAAACCCAAGCCAGUAGAAGAGGAAAAGCCGCAACCAGGGGAAGAAGAGAAACCAACACCCGUAGAGGAGGAAAAAUCACAACCAUCUGAAGAGGUAAAACCCAAACCAGUGGAAGAGGAAAAACCUAAGCCAGUGGAAAAACAGAAACCGACACUAGUGGAGGAGGAAACACCAAAACCAGUUGAAAGAGGAAUACCGAAACCAGCGGAAGAGAUAAAAUCAGAACCAGUAGAACAGGGAAAACCUAAGCCAGUGGAGGAGAAAACAGGAAAACUAACUGAAAAGGUAAAGACCGAACCAGCGAAAGAGGAAAGACUAAAACCUGUUGAAGAAGAAACGCCAGCAUCAAUAGAAGUGGGUAAACUAACACCAGCUGAAGAGGAAAAACGAAAAUCGACUGAAGAGGUAAAGCCUGAGCAAUCGGAAGAUGAAAACCCCGAGUCAGUCGAAGAUGGGAAACCCCAACCAGCGUCUCAAGAAAUACGAAAAUGGAUGGAGCAGGAAGAAACAAAACAACUGGAAGAGGAAAUACCACAACUAGAAGAAGAAGGAAAACUUAACCUUGUAGACAUGGAGAAAACUGAGCUAGUUGAGGAGGAGAAACCAAAACCUGUCGAAGAAGAAGCAUCGAAAUUAAUCGAAGAGGUAAAAGAUGCACUAGUGGAAGAAGAAAUGCUAAUACCAAUAGAAGAGAAAAUGCCGAAGGUAGUUGAGAAAGAGAAAGCAGAACGACUAGAGAAGGCAUUAGCAACAUCUAUGGAACCACUUUCUGAGUCAGUGCCAGAAACCACACCAGACGUUCCUCAAGAAGUACCAGAAGAAAUCCAGGAAACUAUUGAAGAACAAAACGUUGAAGCACCGAAGCAACUACCUAAAUUCAUCAAGGAUCUUAAACCCAAUAAAACAACCAUGCUUGAAGGUGAGCAACUGAUCAUCGAAGCAGAACUUGACAUGACACCAACUACGGUCAAACUUUUAUUAAACGGAGAAAUCAUACCUACAGAUCGUGUCAAGACUGAGAUCAAGGAUAAAAAGAUUAAAUUUACAUUAGAUAACAUCAAACUAGAUGAAUCAGGAAAAUUUUCGGUGAAAGUCAAUGACGAGGUGGAAAGUAAACCAGUAUCGAUCACUGUCAAUGCCGAUAUUCCUAAAUUCGUCAAGAAUCUCACCAUCAACAAGAAGCAGUUCGAUGUUGGUGAAACACUCAAUUUUGAGUGUACCCUGAACAAACCAUUCAGCGAAAUCGUAUGGCUCAAAGAUGGUCAACCAAUCGAGCAAGAUGAGCAUAUUCAAUUUACUCAAGAUGGACCAAAACUUAAAUUGACAAUCAAGAAUGCACAACCUGACGAUCAUAGUGGCACUUAUUCUGUGCAGGUGAAGACAAUUGAAAGCGAUAUGAUGACAGUUGCGGUGGUAGAGAAGCCAUUAAGCUUUGUGAAGGACCUAAACGCAAAAAAGGCGAUUUUAGAUGAAAAUGAAACACUGGAAUUUUUUUGUGAAUUAAGCCGGCCGAUAAAAGUUGGCGAAACAAUUCAGUGGUAUUGCGGUGAAGGACGAAUUCCUGUCGAUAAAGAGUAUGCAAGUGAAAAAGUGAAUUUGGAGCUUCCAAGUGUGGACUCAUCAAUGUCCGGGGAUUACUAUCUGGAAAUCUCUGGUCCCGAUCUAGGAAAACCUUUGAAAAGUGCCACAGUCAAAGUAACGAUCAAACCAGAAGAAAUCAGAUUUGUUAAACCGCUUCGGGCAUUGAAGAAUCCAUUGAAUGAAGGUGAAGCAUUAGUACUUGAGUGUGAAUUAGAUAAGCCAAAUUAUAAAUCUGUACUGUUCUCACUCAACGAGAAACCAUUAACUGAAAAUGAGGACAAUCGUAUACGAAUAACUCACACUGGUAAUAAAUGGCAAAUAAAGAUUGAUAAUGUGAAGCAGGAAACUGAUGCAGGUGAAUAUAUGGUUACAGUCAAUGAAAAAGUUUCUUCGCCGAAAGUUAAAAUUACAAUUAUGAAACCGUUAAGAUUCGUGGAAGAUUUAAGUGUAUCGAACUCUGAGCCAUUCGUGGAGGAAACGAUUACAUUACAAUGCGAAUUAUCGUCUCCAUUACCUACUGGCGAUAGUAAAGAUCUUUCAUUAACACUCAAUGGAAAAUCAUUAUCAAUUGACCAGACAAAGCGUUUAAAAGUUGAUGUUAAUUCAACAAACCCUAAAAUUGUUUUCACUUUAUCAAAUGUUAAAUUAAAUGUUGACCAAGGAGAUUAUCAAUUGAAAAUUCUUCAGCCUCAAGAACUUCAAUCGCAAAAAGUGAAUGUUAAAGUUCGACCGAAACCAAUUGAAAUCAUUCAACCAUUACAAUGCGAUAAAGGUGUUUUCGAAGAAGAUACACUUGUACUUUCUACAAAAUUAAACAAUGUACCUGAAAAUCCUACAAUUGUUUGGUUAAAAGAUGAUAAACCAAUCGCUAUUGAUAAUAAACGUAUUCGCUCAAUUCCAUCGCGGGAUGGACAACAAUUCAAAUUAUCUAUUGAAAAUGUUAGAUUAGAUCAAAGUGGCAAUUACGCUUUAAAAAUCGACGAUGAAAUUAUUACUCAAUGUGAUAUUAAAAUACAAUCAAUUCCACUAAAAACUGUUACACCGUUAAAAAUUAUUGGAACAGCUGUGGUUGCAGGUAAUAUCGAACUUGUAAUUGAAUUGAAUCGUCCAAAUAUUCCAUGUGUGUGGUUAAAAAAUGAUAUUCCAUUGGAAAAUCAACCAGCACCAACAAAAGAUCAAACAAAAUAUCGUUUGAAACUAUCGAAUUUAAAAUUAGACGAUUCAGGGGUCUACUCAAUCAAUUUUAAUGAUGGAGAACUUGUAGAACAGAUUAAUUUAAAUGUUGCAUUACCACCAUUUGAAUUUAUUCAGCAGCUAAAAUGUAUUCCAUCCGAUGAUAUUGAAGAAGAUUCAAAUGUUAUUAUGCAAUGUGUUUUAAAUAGACCUAUUGAUGAUAACAAUGUACCAGUCGCAUUACUUAAAAAUAGUAAAGUACUAUCAGCAGCUGAUAAUGAACGAGUUAAAAUUGAACGAGAUGGAACAACAUUGAAAGUUCAUUUAAGUAAUGUCAAACUUGAUGAUGCUGGUAUUUACAAAGUAACCAUCGAUAAAACAAAUGAUACCAGUACACGAUUAAAAGUACACGAUAAACCAUUAUCGAUCAUCAAACAACUUCACCUAGUUGACGCCACAGAUGAUAAUAAUACUGUUAGUGAAAAUUCACCGUUUGAAUUACUCAUUCGUUAUAAUAAAUCAGUGAGAAAUGUUGUUCUUAACCGUGAUAAUAAACGCGUUUCAAUUGAUAAGCAUACUCAAAUAAUCUAUGAAGAUAAUUCAUCAUCUGUAAGAAUUCGUUUCGAUGCAGCUCAACUUGAUGAUAAAGGAAAAUGUGAAACAAUUGUUAAAGAUUCAACAGUUACGAAUAAAGAUGGCCUUCGAAGUCAAUCAGUUACAAUUCUUGUUAAACCAUUACCUGUUUUAUUCACUACCGAUAUUCAAGUAUCGGCAUCUGAUCAGAAUAAUAUUCCUGAAAAGACUGAAUUAAUUUUAACAACGACAAUCAAUCAAGAAAAAGGUAAAAUUAAAUGGUUUUUCAAUAAUAAAGAAAUAAAAGACGAUCAAAAUCAUAAAAUUAUUGUAAAAAAUCUACAACGGCAAUUAAUCAUUAAAUCUACUGCAAUUGCUGAUUCAGGAAUUUAUACAGUUAAAAGCGAUGAUGAUGAACGAACUGCUGAGUUAACAAUUACAGAUGAUCUUCGAUUCACAAAGGAUUUAACGCCAUCAAAUAUAAAUACAAUGGAAGGUAAAGAAAAUGAGCUUGUUUUUGAAUGUGAAACAUCCAAGUCAACAACUGUUCAAUGGUUUCAUGAUCAACAAAAAUUAUUACCGAAUGAACUGAAAAAACAUUAUCAAAUUGAGUCAUUAAAAAAUAAUACAAUACAUAAAUUACGUAUAUUACAGCCAGUUGCAGCUGAUUCUGGCUUAUAUCGAUGUGUCUUACCAACAAACAUUGAAACACAUUCACAAUGUACUAUUGAACCUGCUGGAGUCGAUUUUCUUCAACAUUUAACGACGCCUGUACAUGUUGAAUAUAUGAAAAGUGCGUUACUUGAAUGUGAACUUUCUAGACGGCCACAAAAUAUUGUUUGGAAAGAUAAAAAUGGACAUGUUAUUGAAGAUAGUGAUAAAUAUGAAAUUAUGAAUAAUGGAAAAUUACAAGGUCUUAUUAUAAACGAUUGUGAUGAAAAUGACAAUGGACAAUAUACAAUAAUUAUUGAUAAUAACACAUCUUCAACAGCUGAAGUUAUUGUUGAACCUUUGGAGGAAAAAGUCCGAUCACCAUCACCAAAGCCUGAACCAGAAGAGCCAGUACAAGGAGGUUUUCGUACAUUAUUGCCUAAUCAAUUAAAAGCUGAUGAAGACACGGAUUUUAUUCUUGAAUGCGAAGUUAAUAAUCCUAAACAAGUAACUGAUUGGUAUUUAGAUGAUGAUCUUAUUCAAGAUAAUAGUCCUCGUUUUAAAAUUAUUAACGAGGGUACAAAGAGAAAAUUAAAAGUACUUAAAGCAGAACUUGAUGAUACUGGAAAUUAUACAUGCAAAGAUCGUCAAAAUAAUAACACGACAAAUUGUGAUGUUAAUGUUGUCAAAGCUUCUAUUCGUAUUAUUAAAGGUUUACCAGAAACAUUAAUUGUACCUCAAGGUGAACAAUUAAAACUUGAUGUUGAACUAUCACAUCCAAAUAUUCCUGGUUGUCGUUUUAUCAAAGAUGAUACAAAUACACCUAUUCGAAAAGAUAAACGAACACGAAUUACUGCUGACGGUACACAUUACACACUUAUGAUUGAUAGUGUUUUACCGAUGGGUGAUAGUGGUACCUAUGAGUUUUUAGCUCUAAAUGAUUCGCUAAGAUCAACAUGUAACGUUACUGUUAAACCUUUACCAAGUAAAAUAACGCAACCAUUAAAAGAUGUUACUUUACAAGAAAAUCAAAAUUUAUCUCUUGAAGCACGUAUUGAUAACGAGCAUGCACCAGUAGUUUGGUUUAUUAAUGGCAAAGAAAUUCCUCCUGGUGGUGAUGCACCUCACGUAACUAUAAUGUCAAAAGGACGACGUCAUACAUUAGUGGUACAAAAAGUUGAUGCUAAACAAGAUGCAGGACAAUAUGAAAUUCGUACGCCAGAUGAUUCCAGUUCGUGUCAAGUAACAAUUGAAGAAGCUGGUACUCCACCUGCAGAUUUUACAAAAAAAUUACAAAAUACUGAAAUUGAUGAAUUUAAUACAGUUGAAUUAAAAUGUGAAACAAAUAGAGAUAAUCUUCCUGUUGAAUGGUUUAAGGAUAGUAAAUUAAUUGAAUCAAAUGAACAUUAUAAAUUAGAAAAUAAUGGAAAAGAUCAUUCAUUAUUUGUCAAUGAUAUUUUAAUGAUUGAUCAAGGUUCAUAUACAUGCCAAAUAAAAUCAAAUGGAAAAGCCACAACAGCAACAUUGAAAGUUAAAGAGAUGCCAGCUGAUUUCGUUCAUAAAAUUGAACCAAUCGAUGCUAUAACUGGUGAUACCAUAUCAUUUGAAUGUGAAUUAAAUAAACCAACUAUUAAAGUAAAAUGGUUAAAAGAUAAUAAAACUUUAGCAAUAAAUGAUCGUGUUCAACCAUCAAUUGAUGCCGAAAAUCCUCAUAUACAUUUAUUAACACUAAAAAUCUUAGAAAAAAAAGAUGCUGGUACAUAUACAUGUGUUAUAGAUCAGCCUGCAUCCAAGAAAUGUUCAGCACCAUUAGCAGUGAAAACUAUAACAGUAACAUUAAGCGAACCAUUGAAAGAUAUGUCAUUAAUUGAAAAUGAAAAUCUUAUUCUUAAAUUUUCUUUAUCUCAUGAGUUAAAGCAAAUUCCAGUCAUAUGGAAAUUAAAUAAUAAACCAAUAGAAGCCGAUAAUGAUCGUAUACAAAUUGAACAGGAUGGUAAAUCACAUUUUCUAACAAUAAAACAAAUUAACAUAAAUGAACAAGGUUCAUAUUCAGUCGAAAUUCCAACACAUAAAAUUAAAACAUCAUCUCAAGUUAAUGUUAAACCAGAAGAAAUUAAAAUUCUUAAAGAUUUGCACAUCGUUCCGAAUGAUGAACAACCAGAAAAUCUUUUACUUGAGAUUCAAUUAAGUAAGCCAUCACAAGCUGAUAUAGUUCUUCUUAGAAAUGGUGUAAAACCAACAAGAAAAAUUCCUAUGAAAAAUUUCAAUGAUGGAAGAUAUCAAUUUAUAUUAGAAAAUGUUAUACCUGAUGAUUCGGGUUUAUAUGAAAUUCCGCUUGGAUCAGAUCUUAAAAGUUCAUUGCAAGUCAAUAUUGAACCAAAACAAAAAGAGGAUUUAGAUUUUUCUGUGCCAUUAAAAGAUAAAAUCGAAAUCAAUGAAACUGAACCAAUUUAUCUUGAAGCUAAAUUAAAUCGUAAACCUGAUUCAUCUAAUGAUAUCGUUUGGUUACGCAAUGGUAAACCAAUUCCAUUAUCAAUUAAAACUUCAAUUAAUGAAGAUUUAUCAAUAACAUUAGAAAUUCCACAAGGAAAUAUUGAAAAUGAUACAGGAAAAUAUACACUUAAAUUACCUAAUGGUAAACAAUGUUCAACACAAGUUAAUAUUUUAAGAAAAUUAACAAAGAAAGGCAAAAAUGAACUUGUUCAACCGUUACAUAUUAUUCUUGAUGAGAAUCGAAUAGAAUUGAAGUUAAAUGAAAAAGUUACAUUAAGAUGUAAAACAUCAUUACCAGUUAAAGAUGUUCAAUGGUAUAAAGGUUCACGAAAGGUUUCAACACGUCGCGCAAAUAUUUCUAGUACAGAAAAUUCAACUCAACAUGAUUUAAUUUUAUCAAAAUUAGAAAUCGAUGACUUGGGACAAUAUCGCGUUGAACUUGAUUCUGAUAUUGAAUCAUCUAUAGAAUUGAAUAUUUUGCAAGAACUCAGUCCAAUACGUUGUCAAGGUGAACCGAUUGAAGGUCAAACAAUAACAUUAAUAUGUGAUACAGUACUUCCACCGAAACAAAUUAAAUGGUCACCUAUUAUUGAUCGAAAACGUUUUGAUCAACAAGAUUUAUUAUUAAAAAUAAAAAAUUUGAAUGUUGAACAAGAUUCAAAAGUUUUUACCAUUGAUGUUGAUGGACAAAAACAAUCCUAUGAAUUAAUUAUACAACCGUUACCAAUGAAAUUUCAAGGAAUCAUCGAAUUAAAUCCAAAGUUACCUAAAGAAGAUGAUAAUGUGACAUGCACAGUAACAUUAAAUAAACCAUUGAAAGAUCAAGUAUUAGAUUGGUAUUUGAAUGAUCAAUUAAUUGUUCCAAAUGAUCGUUUUAUUUUAUCGACUGAUGGAUUACGUUCGAUAUUAACAAUUAAAAAUAUUCGCCCACAAGAUGCUGGGCAAUUAGAAUGUCGUAUACCAUUUUCAGAUGAAAAAUUAUCAACACAAUUACAAGUUAAAGAAAAACCAUUGACCAUAUUAAAACCGUUAAUGGCGGAUAAAGAUAAACCAGUUGAAUGUGAUGAUGUUACAUUAUCAUGUCAAUUUUCUAAAAAACCCAAAACAAUUGAAGUUUAUAAGGAUGGAAAACAAAUGGACUUUGAUCAAGAAUUGAACGAUUUAAAUGCAACAUUCAAAAUUAAUUUACCAAAAACGAAACCGAAUGAUAAAGGAAAAUAUACAGUUAUCGCUGAUGGAGUUGAAACUUCGUAUACAUUAAGAUUAACACCGAAUCCAGUCAAAUUUCUUAAACAAUUAAAAUGGGAUAAAGAAUCACCAUAUGAAGGUGAAUCUGUCCAAGCUACAUUUACAUUAAAUCGAAUACCAGAUAAAACAAUUCAAUGGUUUAAAGGUAAAAUCGCUCUGCCAACAGAUUCAACAUCUAAAUAUGAAUAUUCACAAAUCGAUUGUACAUUUACUUUAACAAUUCCUUCAGUUGAACUAACAGACGCUGAUACUUAUACAGUAAAACUUCCUGAUGAUACUCAAUCAUCAGCUCGUUUAAAAGUUCUUGAAACACCAGUUAAAGUUCUUGUUCCAUUAACUCUUCAGCCAGUUGAACCAAUUCUUGGAAAUGAAUUUACGUUAUCUAUAACAUUAAGUCGUGAUGUUAAAAAAAAUGCUAAAUGGAUUAAAGCUGGUAAAGAUCUAUCAAUGAAACCUGAUUCGAGAAUAUCAUUUAAGCAAGAGCCUGAUGUUGAUAAUCAAGGUGUACGAUAUAUAAUGACAAUUCGUGAUUCUAAACCAGAAGAUGAAGGUACAUAUCGUUUUGAAGUUGAAUCAAGUAAAAUAAGUGAACCUAAAAUUGUUCAACUUACUGAACCUAAAAUUCUUAUUGUUCAAUGUGAUGAAAAAUUAAACGGUAAAAUAGGUUCACCGUUAACAUUGACAUGUGAAUUAAAUUUUCCACAAGGUCAUGUUGUUUGGUAUCAUGAUGGCAUUAAAUUAGCAUCAUCGGAUUCAACACCAUUAAAAUCAACAGGUUUAACUAUUAAAAACACCAAUGUUACAAGAACAUUAACAAUAAUUUCAUUGAAAAAAGAUGAUUUCGGUUCAUAUACAAUUAAAACUAAAGAUGACAAACGUCAACUACAAGUUGUUGAAUCAUCAUCAGAUGAUCAAUUAAAAGUACUUGAACAUCCACCAAAAUUACUUGAUCUUGAUCAAGGUAAUGAAUUAUCACUUUCAAUUGUAACCAAUCGAAAAUGUUCAAUUGAAUUUUCUAAAAAUAAUCAAGUGUUAAAAACAAGUGAAAAUUUUGAUAAAGAUAAAUCUAGAUAUACAGUAACAUUUUUAAUAUCAAAAGUUGAUUUCAAUGAUGCUGGAAUAUACAAAUCAAUAAUACAAGGUACUAAAUAUGAAUAUCAAACUGAAAUAUUAGUGCAUGAUCCAUAUGAACGACAAAAAACAGACGUGUUAGAGGCGGAAUUACCGUUGUUGUUCAUCAAAAAAUUAGAAGAUCAAAAAGUAAAGGCAGGCGAACAGGUUAUACUUGAAUGUCAAUUGAAUCGUCCACCUAAAACAUCACCGAUAUGGUAUCGAGACGGAAAAGAAAUAAUAUCCAAUGAUAAUAUUGAAAUUAUUCAAGAUGAUAAAUUAUUACAAUUAAAAAUAAAUAAAACAUCAAUUAAUGAUCAAGCAGAAUAUACUCUUAAUAUUGAAAAUUUACGUGGGCAUGCAUUUGUUGAUCUAGCAGGAGAUCAUGUUAAGUUUACACAAAAACUUUUCGAUACAGUCGUCAAAGUUGGCACACCAAUUGUUCUAGAAUGUAAAUUAUCCAUAGCUGAUACACCAAUAACAUGGAAACGAGAUGGUCAAAUUCUUAAUUCAGAUCUUUCUCGUAUUGAUGGUAAUUUACAUACACUUCGUAUUCCAUCAGCUGAACUCGACCAUAGCGGAAAAUAUUCUGCACACUAUAAUGAUGAAAUCAAUACGUCAUGCACAGUGUCUGUUCAAACAGAGCCUGUUUUCGCUAGAGAAUUACCACCAGAAAUAACUCUCAAAGUCGGUUCAAAUAUUUUACUUGAUAUUGAAACAACACGCCCAAAUAAAACUGUUCAAUGGUAUCGUAAUGGAAAAUUAAUACCAAGAACUGGGGAUGCACGACAUCGUCUCGCUGAUGACAAAUACGUACAUUCAUUAAAACUUUCAAAAGUAACACAACAAGAUGAUGACGAAACUUUAUUCGAAUGUGAAUGUGAUAAUGUGCGAACAAAAUGUCGUGUGUAUGUUCAAACCGAACCUUUAGUCUUUUUCAAGGAUCUUAAAGAUGUUAAAUAUGAAUUAGAUGAUCGUAUAACAUUUAUUGUUCGUAUGAAUAAGUGUCCAUCGGAUAAUUCACGGUGGCUACAUAAUGGACAACCCAUCGAGCCAUCAAAUCGUAUUCAAAUACUCUAUGAUGAUACAGAACAUGAAGCUAAAUUAAUUAUUAAUAAUGCUGAUGAAAAUGACCAAGGAAAAUACAUCUACGAUGCUGUUGAAGCACGUACAAGUUGUACAGCUGAUUUGAAAUUAACUAAACUUGAAUUUAUUCAAGAAUUAAGAAAUCGUUCCGUUAAACAGGAUCAACCAGUACAAUUCGAAUUUGAAGUUAAUAAAAUUCCAACAAAAGUUGUUUGGAUGUUAAAUGGGCAAGUUAUUGAAAAUGAUGGAACAACAUUUGAUUUAACAACAUCACCUGGCAGAAAGAAAUAUAUGUUGAAAAUAAAACAAACACAAUUAUCUCAUGCAGGAACUUUGACCGUUAGAAUUGAUGAUCAAAUUGAGUCAACUGCGGCACUUGAAGUUAAACCAAUUCCAAUCGAAUUCAUAAAAUGUUUAACAGGUGCAAGAGUAAAUGAAAAUGACACAGUUAACUUUAUUUGUGAAUUAAAUAAGCCAAAUAUACAUGUUAAAUGGUUUCUCAAUGAAGAACCUAUUGCAAAUGAUGAACAUUUCGAAAUCCAAUCAAAAGGACCUGUACAUACAUUAGUCAUUCAUAAUGUUGCAUGGAAUGAAGGUGGAGAAUACAAAUGUAUAGCUGAUGGUGGUGCAAAAACAAGUGCUACAUUACUUGUUAAGGCUACACCAGUUACUUUUACAAAACCACUUGAAGAAUGUACUUGUAAUUUUGGUGAACCUCUUGAAUUUAUUUGUGAAACAUCAAAACCAAGUCGUGUUGAUUGGUUUCUUGGUGAUAAACGUCUUUCAUCACAACAAUAUGAAAUGAAAUCAGUUGAUAAUAAACAUACACUUCGUAUACCAAAAGUUAAAUUAUCAGAUAAAGGAUGGUAUAAAUGUGCUGUACAAGAUGUAUUUACUGAAGCUAAAUUAAUUGUCAUUGAUAAACCAGUUGAAUUAAUUGAACCAUUAGAAGAUUGUAGUGUACAAGAAAAUGAUAAUGCAACAUUAUUUUGUCAAUUAUCAAAACCUGAUAUGGAUGUUGUGUGGUAUAAUAAUGAUCGACGAAUAUUUUUUACAUCAAAAUCACGAAUACGUGCUAAACAAAUCGAUUGUUAUUAUAAAUUAUUAUUAGAUGAUAUUGAAUAUGAUGAUCAAGGUUUAUAUGAAAUGCGUUGUGAAAACAUCAAAACGUCAUGUCAUUUAACAGUUAAAAAACUAGAAACAACGUUUCUUGAUCAUUUGAAAAAUUUAAAUGUUCAAGAAGGGGAUACAGCUCGUUUUCAAUGUCGUCUAUCAAAAAUAGAUUCAAAUGUUCAGUGGUUUAAAAAUGGUGUAAGGAUUUCAUCAAGCGAACGUAUUGUUUAUUCAAUAAAAGGUGAUCUUUUAACAUUAACUAUUCAUAAUGCACAAAUUGAAGAUGAAGGAAAUUAUCGUUGUAUGGUUGAUAAUCAACAUACAGAUGGAACAUUAACUGUUGAACCAACACCGACUACAUUUAUUAAAUAUUUACCUAAAACAUGGACUGUAUAUGGUGAUGAACCAUUGGAGUUAUCAUGCCAAUUAUCAAAAUCUAAUGUUCGUGUCAUUUGGUUAAAAGAUGGAAUACCAAUUGAUGGAAAAAGUCAAAUGAAAAACGAAGGUUCAAGAUACAGUCUUUAUAUUCCACAUGGAGUUCAACCGGGACGAUAUACAAUACGUAUUGAUGAUAUUGAAGGAAAAGAAAGCACUUGUGAAGUAUCUGUUCAAGAUCUAACUGAAAAUGAACGAAAGAAACCACGUAUUAUUCGUGGACUUGACGAUUUAGAUAUGCAAGAAGGCGAAACAGCUGAAUUCUCAUGUCAAUUUGAAGGUGAAGAUGUUGAAGCAACAUGGUUUUUUGAUGGAAUUAUGCUUCGCACGAAUGUCUUCAUAACAAUUAAUCUUAAACCAAACGAACUAGCUCAAUUAAUUAUGAGAGAAGCUUACUUUGAAGAUGCUGGUUUAUAUAAAUUACGUUUAAGAAAUAAAUAUGGUGAAGCAUCUACAACAUGCGUACUUUCUGUUCGUCCUCGUGAAAUUUCUACGGAUCAACGGAAAUCGAGCAUUGAAGAUUUACCACCAAAAUUUAUUGAGCCACUGACUGAUGUUUACGUACAUAAAGGACAAGAGGCUAAUUUUCGGGCAAUCAUUACAGGUCAACCAUCACCAAAAGUAACUUGGUAUUGUAAUUAUAAGAAAAUAGCAAAUAAUGAAAAAUAUCAUGUAACUCAAGAUAAGGAUGUUUAUCUAUUAGCUGUAAUACAUGUUGACGAAAAUGAUGAAUGCGAAUAUUCAUGUAAAGCUGAAAAUUCAGCUGGAGAAAAAACGUGUUCAGCUAAUUUACAUCUUAUUGAAACACCUGCUGGUUCAAAAGCACAACCAGCUGAAGAUAUUGCUCCAUCAUUUAUUCGUAAACAUCGAAAUUGUACAGUUAUCGAAGGACAACGUGCUAAAUUUGACUGCUUUAUAACGGGACAACCAAAUCCAACUAUACGUUGGUUACAUAAUGGGUUACCAUUAGAUGUUGAUUCAAAUACAAGAAAAUAUUCAUCACAACUACAAGCAAAUGGUAAAGUUACAUUAACUAUUGAAGAUUGUCUACAAGAAGAUGCUGGUGAAAUAACUAUUAUUGUUGAAAAUCGUGCUGGUUCAACACAAUGCUCAGCAGAAUUAACUGUUGAACCUCAUCAUGAAUCAAGCCGAUUAAAACGUCGUGUAAGUUUCGAUGUACCAGAAUUAGCACCAUCAACAAGUAAACAAGGUGCAAUACCUUCGCCACCAUCACGUUUAUUACUAACACCUCAUUCCAAGUCAACUUUGAAUUUAAGUUGGGACCAUUCACCAUCACAUAACCGAGCACAACCAUGUACUUAUAUUGUUGAAUUAAGAGAUCCAAGAACUUAUUCUUGGUCAACUUAUGUUUCAGCAUUAUCAGAUACUAGUGUUCAAUUGCGUAAUCUCAAUUUAAAUCAUAUUUAUGCUGUUAGAGUUCGAGCUGAAAAUACAUUUGGGGUUAGUGAUCCAUCACAACCAGUAACCAGUCGUCUUUUAACUCGAACUGAUGAACAACAAGUAGAAAGUGAAAAAGAACCUACAAAUAAAACAAGACGACCAUAUACUUCUAUGCAUGAUGAUUAUGGUGGUGCUCGACCAUCAUUACAAGUCGAUGGACCUGAUAUUCAAUAUUUUCUUGAAGGUCAAAACGCUCGUAUUACCAUGUUACUCGUUGGUUAUCCAAUACCUGAAAUAACUUGGUUUCAUGAUGGUGAAAAAAUUCCAUUGGAUGAUUCACGUGUAAAAUUAUACAAUGACCGCCGUGGUUAUGCAUGUCUUUCGAUUGAUUCCGCUUUAGCAUCUGAUGAAGGUACUUAUGAAAUAGUUGCCGAAAAUAAAUAUGGUGCAGCACGUCGUACUGUGUACUUAUAUCUUGCUGAUCCGCCGAUGUUUCUUGAACCGUUACAAGACACACGUUGUCGUACACAUGAUACAUUUAGACUUGAAUGUAAAGUUGAUGGUAUACCCUAUCCAGAAGUACGUUUUUAUAAAGAUUGGCGUUUAUUAGCUGAUUCAUAUCGUACACGUAUACGACAUAUUGAACCUGACAUAUGGCAAUUAACAAUAUAUGGUGCUAUUGAAAAAGAUACCGGCCUAUAUACUUGCACAGCAAAAAAUAUUGCUGGUGCAACAUUAUCAUCAGCUAAUGUUAGUAUUGAAGAUAAUCUUUUAAGUAUUCCAAGACCAGAUCUAGAAAGGCCUACAAUGACAUUUAAGAAGAAACGAUUCGAUGAAGAUUAUGAUAUACUAGAGCGAAUUGAACAUGGACCCAUAUCAUCUGUAUAUCGCGUUAUUGAACGUCGAACAGCUAAAGAACGUAUUGCUAAAAUUGUUCACAAUUCAAAAUAUUUCGAUUGGCUUAGACGUGAGAUGGACAUUUUAUCACAUUUACAUGAUUCAAAUAUUCCACGUAUACAUGAUGCUUAUGAAACAGACAAAAUGCUUGCAAUUGUACUUGACAAUUUUUAUGGAAAUGAUCUUCUUGAAAAUCUAUUAAAUCGCCGAACAUAUACUGAACGUGAUGCAGCUUUAAUAAUUCGUGAUCUUGUUGAAACACUUAAACAUUUGCAUUCCAGAAAUAUUGCUCAUCUCGAUAUAAAACCUGAUAAUAUUUAUAUUGAUAAUCGUCAUGAUCCAAUACGUGUGCAAUUAUUAGGUUUUACAAAUGCACGUCAUUUAACGGGUUCAUCAAAUGUUUAUUCUGAUUAUGGUACACCAGAAUAUGUUGCACCAGAAAUUGUUCAUCGAUAUCCAAUAUCACUUAACACUGAUAUGUGGAACAUUGGUAUUCUUACUUAUCUACUACUUGGUGGUCAAACACCGUUUAGUGGUUCAAAUGAUUUUGAAAUAUUAAAAAAUAUACGCAAUGGUCAUUGGAUAUUUAAUGAUUGUUUUUCUAAUAUAUCAGCUGAUGCUAAAGAUUUUAUUUCACGUUUACUUAUACCUGAUCAACAAAAUCGUUUAACAUCUGAAGACGCAUUAAAUCAUCCAUGGCUUAAAUAUGCAUUACAACAUGUUGAUACAACACCAAUUUCAUCUGAUCGUUUACAAGGAGCUUAUUCAAGGCAACUUUAUAAUCGUGAACAUCGACGUACAUCAGUCCGACCAUUACCAACAAUAAGUGAAAUAGCUUCAAUGAAAGGUGAUUUUGGAGGUUAUAACGAUGAAAAAGAAACAAUAUAUGAUGACAGAUAUAUUCGAGCAAGAGCAAGACGAACAUCAAGAGAAGUCUCAUUUGAUGAACAUGAUCAUGGAACUGAUCGUCGACCAUCGUCAGCUGACGAUGAAAAUUUAACACCUGGCUCUUAUCUACUUCCAGUAGCUGAUGUUGAUUUUGCUAUUCGCAUGCGUAGUUAUCGUCGAACAAGUUAUCAAAAUCGUUAUGCAUCAUCAGAAUAUCUCUAUGCUCCACCGGUUGCACCAGUUGAACGUCUUCUUGCUCGUGAUACCGUUAAAGAACGUCUUCAUGUUGAUGGGCAAGGACGAAGAGUUCGCGGAUGUUCAGCUGUACCUCAUAGUGGUUGUUCUAUACCACGUGAAUUAAGUGCUCAACCUAAUGGUAGUACACGAGGAAUAUCUACAACACCAUCAUUUUAUGCACCUUAUGGACGAACCAGUGAAUCACCAGCACAUGGUUAUGGCAUAUCAACAAGAUAUGGAAGUACAUCAUGUUUAUCACCAUAUCCAAGUAGUACAAAACAUGCACCAAGUAUUCCACGAGAAUUUCAAGCACAAGGUUUCACACAAGAGCAACGUGGAACUAUAGGAGAAGGUUUUGCGUCUGUAUUUAAAGAAAAAUUAAUUGAUACAUCAUUUUUAAUUGGUGGUACUGUUAUAUUAAGAUGUAAAGUUCAAGGAAACCCAUUUCCACGUAUAUUUUGGUAUCGAAAUGAUGAAUUCAUAAUUGAAGAUGAUCGAAUACAAUUUGCUCAAGGCGAAGAUGGUCUUUGUACAUUAACAAUAACGCAUUGUAAGGCGGGUGAUAUUGGAAUUUAUCGUUGUGUUGGUAGAAAUCUCUACGGUGAUGCUUCAUGUAAAGCAAGAUUAUUAAUUGGAGAUGUUCCUGAUCGACCACAACGUCCAAUUGUAAUUGAUAUAUCAUCGUCAGAAGCUUAUCUUGUAUGGAGUUCGCCAUUAUACGAUGGUAAUAAUGAAAUAAAUGGCUUUCGUAUUGAUUAUAAAGCACGAGAAGAUCUUAAAUGGACACAAUCAACAUUUACAAUAGAAGAAUCAGCAUUGAUACAUGGUUUAAAACCAUCAACAUAUUAUCGCUUUCGUGUAUCAUGCAUUAAUCGUAUGGGUAUAUCAGCAUAUUCAUGGGCAUCAGAAGAAGUUCGUUCACUAGAUCAAGAUCAACAAAAUGAUGUAUUACUAACCAAAAUUGAUCGACAAUCAGCAUAUCGUUUACUUGAACAUCAACAUCGUUUAGACGAAAAAUCUCGAUCAACAAUUAAUAAUAUUUUAGAUGACUAUAAUAAACAAGAAAAAAUCAAAUCUUUAGGUGAAAAAACUGUUUUAAAACGUGAUUUAAACCCAUGGGAUUUAUAUAAAUUGAUUGAUGAAUUAAGUAGUUACGGUCGCAAAUGUGUAAUACGCUGUUCAGAACGUGCAACUGAUAGUGUUCGUAUAAUAAAAAUAACUGAUAAACAAGAUAAAGAAACAGAUGAAUUUAAUUUAUUAAAUUUGAUCUCACAUGAACAUAUCAUAACAAUGUUAGAUGCAUUUUUAUGGAAAAAUUCAUUUAUAUUGGUGACAAAUGAUUAUAUUGAAUUACCGGACUGGAUUUGCUUAAGACAUAAAUAUCAUGAAGAAUUAAUUGUUAAAAUUUUACGACAAAUAUUUGAUGCUAUACAUUAUUUACAUUUUCAUGGAAUUAUACAUUUAAAUAUUAAUCCAUCAAGUGUUGUUAAUGAAAAUCGUCUUGCUGUACAUAUAAAAUUGACAGAUUUUAGUUGUGCACAACAAAUAGCAUCUAUUGAAGGACAUAGUAUUGAUAAAAAUAAUUUACAACCAAAUAUUGAAUAUUCAGCACCUGAAAUACUUCACAAUGAACCAUGUGGCGUUCAAGCUGAUGUUUGGAGCAUUGGAGCAUUAACGGCUACACUUUUAAGUGGAUUUUCACCGUUUCCUGGUGAAAAUAUCGACGAAACAAUUCAAAAUGUUAGUUUUGUACGAUGGAACACUAAUGAAUUUUAUGAUGAUGUAACACAAGAAGCUGUUAUUUUUGUUCAACAAUGUCUUAAAAAGUCACCCCGAAAUCGAUUGACUAUUCCGGCAUGUAUUGACCAUAAAUGGCUUUCACUAGCAAGUGGAGCAACCAAUCGUCGUGAAAAUGCGAUAUUUUUAACUGAAAAACUUCGAAGAUUUGCACACGACUUUCGACAGAGAUGCCGAGCACAAACUGAAAUACAGCAAGAUACCAUUAUCGAAAUAUCAAAACGAUAG